UAUAUAUAUAUAUAUAUAUAUAUGCCCAUCUGAAGAAUUUGUGAUAACUGCAUCCUGUUAUGAACAAGGAUAGAUGGUGACUUUAUGGACUCAGUCAAAUAAAAAAUCUCUUCCCAUCUACUGAGAUUUGGAAUGUCAUGAAGAUGAAUAAUUUAUUUCAACUACUUUCGCUUAUAAGUCAACUAUUUCUCUGUCAAAUCUCUGCACACGAUAUCCCCCACCUUGCAUCACACACAAAUUCAACCUUUAUUAAUGAUACAAAAUGGAUAGAAAGUACUUUAGAAGCUGAAAUACAAAAAUUACUCAUCACUUAUGUUCGUACCGAGCGACCAAGGAAUAAACUACUGAUGAGUAUUAGCAAUGUUUCAGAAGUUAAGUCUAACCAAAAGUUGUACACCGGACCAUUGAUUGUUGAAGUCAAUACAUUUAUUCAUAGUUUCAGUUCAAUUAGUGUGGUUAACAUGGAUUUCACAGUGGACUUUAUGUUACGUCAGCGAUGGUUGGAUACACGACUUAAAAUUCCUGGCAAACAUAAAUUUUCUCACCUGCCUAUAUCAUAUGCAAAGAAUUUAAUAUGGAUACCAGAUUUGUUUUUUCGUAAUGCUAAACAUGGAUUUCUGCAUGAUAUGACUACACCGAAUUACUUGAUUUGGAUUGAUUCUGAUGGUUUGAUAACAUUUAGUCAAAAGAUUUCUAUGAAACUGUCAUGUCAUAUGAUAUUGCAUACAUUUCCAUUUGAUACGCAACAUUGUACAAUGAAUAUUGGUAGUUAUGGUUAUUCAAAAAGUGAUUUAGACUUUCGUUGGUGGAAUGCAGAUGGAUAUGAUCAAUUCGGUACAAUUUCAACGUCGAAUCAGUCGAAACAAAUGGCUGUACAAAUACGUUCUGGAUUAGAAAUUAAUGAAUUUGAUUUAUUAUCUUACGAAACAAACUACUGUAAUAUGGAGUACUCAACUACUGGACAAUUCUCAUGCAUAGAAGCUGUAUUUUACUUAAAACGACGUUUCGGUUUCUACCUUAUUUAUGCCUAUUUACCAUCACUUCUUCUUGUCAUCAUAGCUUGGCUAUCGUUCUUUGUGGAUUAUGAAGCUGUACCAGCACGAAUUUCUAUAGGACUACUGUGUGUUUUAGCCUUAAUAACACAAAGUGCAGCAAUAUUAACUCAAGUUCCACGUGUUUCUUAUACCAAAGGUAUUGACAUUUGGUUAUUUGUGUGCUUAGCGUUUGUUGUAAGUUCUUUGCUUGAAUUUGCCAUCACCAACUCUUUGGCUAGAAAGAGAACAAAACCUGCUAAUUCAAACAUCCUAAAAUAUGUUGGGCAAGAUUGUAUGGUUUUAACUACAUGUGACGCUUUAUCAGACUUUCUCAGUAAACAGAAUAACCAGAUAACUAAUCGCAGCUCAAACAAUGACAAAAGUGAUUUAAAACCAUUGAAUAAUGAAGCUGAAUGUUCCCAGAGUUUAAUUAAUUCGCCUGAACUAAAUACCUCGAAAAAAAGUGAAGUUCGUUCAUUGGAUUCACUGCCGAUAAUUUGUCAUCAGAAACUGAUAACUUUGAGUCAUAAAAGCACAUCUUUAAAAGAACCAUCAGUUGAUAUAUCAUUCUUAUUAGAUCGUGCAUGGGCAAUUAUUUAUCCGAUUAUAUUUGGCAUAUUCAAUGCAGUUUAUUGGAUAUACUUUCUGAAGUAUCAGUAAAUGUCAAUAAGAUAAAUUUAAGCACAGUGUCGUUUAAAAGAUUAAUCUACAAAUAUUUUUGUUGGACGAAGACAGUUUUGAAUAAUUUAUCUAUGUUUCAGUAUGUAACAGUGUAUUUUGUACAAUAUUUUUAGGAAAAAAAGUGAAUAAUUUAUUCACAAAGAAGUUUUCUGUAGUCAGAAAAUCCCUUUUAAUUAAUGGGAGACUUUGUAACACAUAAACUUAUUUUCAACCUUCAAACUUCACGUAUAAUCUUCAUCUCAUAAAACAAAACAGUUUGGUUCAUUUGAAAUCCAUGUAAAGCACAUGACUAUUUUUUGUAAACCGAUUACAAAUCACGUCAUUCAAAUUCUACAUCAUAUUAACGACAGAGUUUUGAUUUAAUUCUGAUUAAUUUUGAAUUGUGUAUAAGGCAUUUAACCUAACUGUUCGUGAACUUCUACAUCAUCCUGAGAUUUUAAUCAAGAAAGAAAUAAGCACAAAACGUUAACCAAUCUUCAAUUAAUUUCACGCAUUACACAGUAACUUUAGUGUGGUAAUAAUAACUGUUUAUUGGUUCAGUAAGUGAAAAAGUCUCAGAAGUCAUUUAUUUUUCUUAUUGUUUCAUUUUCCCUAAGUGGAUUUAUUAUAAAUUCACAGUGAUCGAGUCUUAUAGGAAUGUCGUUGUCAUUUAGAGCACAGUUUAUUGUUCCUGAACAUGUCAAGAAAAACCUAAUGAUUUUAUGACUUGCCAUGGAAUUGUGUGCUAAUCCAUUUUGUAUUUUGUUAAUAAUACAAUUUAAGCGUUAUCUAAUAUUGGUAUUGAAUUAUUCUUGUUGUACAUGCUAUGUGCUUAUUUGAUAAAUAAAGUUUAAGUUAUG